CGGAAAGCCCCUGGAAGAAAAUUGGAAGUUCCCACCGCCACCUGUGCUUACAACUUCUUUAAUACCUACAAAAAGUUCCUCGCCGUGCCUCUGACAUUUUCCCGCAGCUCUCCAAUCCCAGAUGCUGGAACAAGAAGACUGACGCGCUAACACUGCCAAGGAGGUGUGGCUUCGGAACCGGAAGAAGCUCAUGUUGCCAAGGGAACGUCUCCCGCCCAGGCGCCUGCUUAGCCUCUGAUGCUGCGGCUGAUGCCGAAGCGGCCAGUUUUCCUAACCUGUGGACAAGGAUUUGCUCAGUACCUGGGAUCCUUCCCAUGGAGGUAUAGAGGAGAAGGCUGAGGGACCUCGGCACCAGAUUUCCAUUUCAGAGUCGGAUACGAGUGAGUGCUUGGGUUCCUGUUUCUCACCAGUUCCUGGGCUCGCGGGUCAAACUUCGAAAGCCAGCGGGUUUGUAAAUAUUUGAAUUACAUUAUGGGAUUGCUAGAUAAACUUUCAGGCUUGCUUGGCCUAAAGAAGAAGGAGGUUCAUAUUUUGUGCCUUGGACUGGAUAAUAGUGGCAAAACAACAAUCAUUAACAAACUUAAGCCUUCAAAUGCUCAAUCUCAAGAUAUAGUUCCAACAAUAGGAUUCAGCAUAGAGAAAUUCAAAUCAUCCAGUUUAUCUUUUACAGUGUUUGACAUGUCAGGUCAAGGAAGAUAUAGAAAUCUCUGGGAACACUAUUAUAAAGAAGGACAAGCUAUUAUUUUUGUCAUUGAUAGUAGUGAUAGAUUAAGGAUGGUUGUGGCCAAAGAAGAACUUGAUACUCUUCUAAAUCAUCCAGAUAUUAAACAUCGUCGAAUUCCAAUCUUAUUCUUUGCAAACAAAAUGGAUCUUAGAGAUUCAGUGACAUCUGUAAAAGUGUCUCAAUUGCUGUGUUUAGAGAACAUCAAAGAUAAACCAUGGCACAUUUGUGCUAGUAACGCCAUUAAAGGAGAAGGAUUGCAAGAAGGUGUAGACUGGCUUCAAGAUCAGAUACAAGCUGUGAAGACAUGAAAAGAUAAUAUUUGGAAACUUCAGCAGUUUUCAAUUCGUGGAAUAUAUCUAACACAAAUUGAAUACUUUAAAUUUUUUAAAGAUAUUUAUGCAUCUAAGAUACUUUAUAAUCUUCUGCUUGCAUUUAUGGACUCUGAGCUUUUUAAGAACAUAGGACUUCAGAUAUGUUCAUCUGGCCAUUAAUUAUUUUCCUUCCACAAAAGAGCUCCCUAGAAUUAUCAGCUUCUCAGUAAAGGUCUAUAGUUGAUUAUAAUUAGAACGUUUAAAAGUCAGAAGCCAACUAAAUAUCCCAUAAUGAUUUGUGAUAUCUUUAAUGUGUUUUCUUUUAUAAAUUGUCCUUUAAAAAACUUAGUUUACGGUAUGACUUUACAGUAUGAAUUGUACUUGUGGAAAAAAAAAACUUUGAAUAUUCAUAAGGGGCCAAGGGUAAUUAAUAGAUAUUAUUUUUACUAUGUGUCACCAUCAAUAAAACAUGUAA